AUCAUAUCUCUUUGUUAAAACGAAAAUAUUUCAAAUAUAUUUGAACAAUUGAUUAUCGGUUUAAUGAAUUCAAUUGCAUGGAAAAAAAAACAAGCGACAAAGAAAACAAAAUUAUAAUUUAAAAAAAAGAAGAAGAAACAUUUUAUUCGUUAUUAUUUAUUUGAGGUUAUGUACGUCCUAAUAUAUCGUAUUUUUGCAAUAUCUUUGUGCACUUCCAAAAUUCCUUCUAUUUAAAUGCGACAAUUCGUUGCGAAAUGCUGACUUGGCGAACGAUACAAAUAACUUAAAGACCUCUUCGACGAUAGCGCAGUAUUAAAGCGAACGGAGAACAUGAUCGAUAUAAAAGGCAAGUAAAUUAUAUAUCUUAAUACAUACCAGUAGUUUGAAGUGACGUACGAUAAUUAUCCUUUGAUUAGAGAAUAAAUAAAUUCAGUAUAAUUGCAGAAUCAAAUCAGGAAGAUGAACUCCUGCUGUUACCAGAAGUUGGUACCAAAAAGUUCAUCGGAUUUCCCAAACUCAAUUCCGAAAGUGCGAUCAUGAAAGGAGUCGUUAAACAAUUGGAAAAGUGGCCUUCUUAUCUUUUCUUUGUCUUUUUUAUUGCAUGCGUCAUAAUGGUGAAUCUUGUCUUGCUCAUCAUUGUAUCAGUUACUCUUUCUUUACCUACGAACACAACGAAUACUGAUAAUCACCGAGAGGAAUUUAAUAAGAGAUCGAUCAAUGUAUACUCAGUAAGACAAGAAGAUCGUACAUGGUCAAUGAUGGAUCUUUGCCACAUUGAAAGUGCAGCACGUGAGAACCCAGAGUUAAAUAUCCAUCUAAUAAGUUUACACAAAAAAACCGAUAAGGAAGAUUCUAUGAAAGAUUUUAUAGUGACGAGGAAAUUUGAGCCUGAAAUUAGAUCGAUUACAAAUUCGAUCGAUUUACAGAACAAAGCAACCAGAUCUUUAUGGAUAAUGCGAGAAGAUCGUUUGAGAUAUCAAAUUACUCAUAAAUACGAGAACAUUAAAAACCACGAUAUCAUCGUCGACAAUUUCUUUCAAGGAACCAAUCUCUCUAAAGUAGCUGGAAAUUUAAAUAAUAAGAUAUUGAAAAUAGCUACCGAAGCGUAUUUCAUUUGGAAUUCAUCCGGAAUCGCCCUGGAUCCUAAAUUAUAUUGCAAUCUAAAAUAUAUUUCACAAGUUAUGUGCAAAAAAGAAAAUGAGAAAUGUGUAUUCGAUGGAUUGGCCACUAUUGAUCCUCAAAAUGAUAUUCAAGCUGCUGGAGUACCCUGUCAAGCAUUUAUAGGAUAUUUUAUAAAUGACAUAUCGAAAAACGAAUCGAUUCGUAAAGAAGGAGCAUUAUUUAAGUCCAUAAAUAAGUUUUGUCCACAAAUACAUUCCUGCAACGAAAUUAGAAUAUUGAAACACGUUAGAACGUGCUCAUUGGAAACCUUAAAAUGUCCAAUUGUUUAUCGUCGUGGAUUUUUACUAAGUGCAUUGAGUUACAGCUACAUGUUACCCCAUUUAUGAUAAAAGAGUAUUAUAAUAAGUAUCACAAAUAAAUAUAUUCUUUAUAAGAAAAUUACAGAUAAUAUAUAAUACGUUAAAUGAAAAAAAGAAAGAAAAAUAAA